AUGAACAAGAUCCUCUCAACCACUCUUUGCUUUGGACUCCUAACUCUGUUAUCUGUAAUGAUCUUUUCAGAACCAGUGCACGGACGGCCAUAUCUUAUCCAAGGAAAUGAAUUGUUUCCAGAUAAAGAAGAUACAAAUCAUGAGGAACUAUUGAUGGCUCUAUUGAACAAAAAUUUUGAUUAAAGACCAUUCAACAUUGAUAUAGAACUGGCUAACAGAUUGGAAGAACUUAACCAGCUGGAAAAGCUAAAAGAGCAGCUCACAGAGGCAAAGGAAGCUGAGAAGUCCUAUGCUAUAGAUGGUCUAUCGUCUCCCCAUUCUAAUAAGCGAGCUUGCUUUUGGAAAUACUGUGUCUAA